AUGGGUGGUCAUCACACUAACUACUUAUCGAAAGCGCUGUUGUGCGCCUGCGGCCGGCAGCUGGCUCGGGGCUGGCCCAGGUCCCGCACCCUCGCACGUCUCUGCCCUUCUCACGGCCCUCCGCGCCCGCCUAAGCCGAGGGGAGGCGGAAGGCCGCGCCGUGCCACCGCCCCUAGCCGCAGCUGCAGGCGGGGCCCGCUGCGGGCGGGCGCGGCCACGUCGGAGCAGGCGCUGGAGGAACUCUCGGCCCUCGCCGCCAUCUACUGCGAGCCGGGCGCCUGCGAGGUGCUGGCGACCUCAGAAACAGAUGGAGUCACAUUUAGGAUUCAAAUCAGCGUGAAAGAGCUACUGGAUGCAGAUAUACUUUUAAAGCUGCUGUUUCGUUUACCAGUCAAUUAUCCAUCAACUCUACCAGAAAUUUCUGUUAGCUCAGACCAGCUUACAAGGGCCCAGUGUAUGGACAUAAAAGAUAAAUUACUUGAACAAGCAAAGAAGCAUCUUUCUGAACCCAUGGUGCAUGAACUGGUUCUUUGGAUACAGCAGCAUCUUAAGUAUAUCAUUAAGCAACCAGCAACAGUUUGCAAUGAAAAAACCACUUUGUCAAAAGGGGCAAGUACAGAGGAUGCUGUCUGGAUGCUCCUUUUGCAUUUAGAUCACAUGAGAGCGAAGGCAAAAUACGUCAGAACUGUGGAAAAAUGGGCUUCAGAUCUAAAACUGACUGGAAGACUGAUGUUCAUGGGCAAGAUAAUAUUGAUUCUUCUUCAGGGUGACAAGAGCAACAUUAAGGAGUACUUGAUUCUUCAGAAAACUUCUAAGGUAGAUGUGGACUCGAGCGGAAAGAAAUGCAAAGAGAAAAUGAUUAGUGUACUGUGUGAGACAAAAGUACAGUCACAGCAUAAAAGAUUUCAGAUGUUUGAAGUCAAAGAAUAUUCAACGCUGGAUGAGCUACAAAAGGAAUUUGAAACUGCAGGACUUGCAAAUCUCUUCUCUGAGUUUGUGCCUCCUCUCUUAAAAUAAAAAUAAAGCACUGGACUCCAUGAGAAAAGUAGUAUUUGACUGCAGAUUCUUCUGGGAAAUAAAGACUAUUUUGACAAGCAAACUUAUCUACAAAAAAAGAAAAAGAAAAAAACAACCAGGAGUUGCAAUAAUGAGAAAGCAACAUAUAUGUUAAGAAUUGAUUUUUUGACUUCUGUGCAUACUAUAACUUUUUCAGAAGAAUGUGGAAUUAAUUAUGAUAUUUGCAUGAUAAAUAUGAAAUAUUAGGAGAAAACAGUGUUACAAUAAUAAUCUUUCAAUUGAACUGUUUUACAGUCCUGAUUUUCAAUGCUUUGUUUUUCAUCUCUUGUGAUGGUGGUCUUCCAUAAUGGCUUGCUAGAAAUUGUGACUAAUUUCAUUUUGGAAGCCUAUGUAAAGGUAUUUUUCUAAAAAGCAUAGCAAACAGAUCUUAGCAUGAGAGGACAGCAUACACUUAACAACCUUUAGGUGUUUGUCUGCUAACAUUUCUUUCUCUAUUUACUUGAAUCUAUAAAUACUUGAAUGUUGAUUUAAAGAAAGAGCUCAUGUGACUUCGGAUGUAAAAAUCCUAGAAAUGUUUCUCUUAAUGUUAGUUUUUAUUGUAAAAUGUAUAAAACCGCUGAAGUGGAGAAUUUAAAUUGAUUUAAAAACUGUAUAUCGGCUGAGAUGAAAGCCAGUUGUAGUGUUUUCUUUGGUGGUUGUAUGUCCUCAGCCAGAUCUUUAAAAUCCUCUGGUGUUCUGGAAAUAGAACAGUAAGGAACUUCGUUCCAACCCAUAUCAACAUCUUGGCUGUUUAAGUCUAGCUGGGGCCUCACCCAGCUUGCAUAUAAAUCAGCUGAAUAUUCUUUCUGUUAAUUUUGGGAAUUGAAUGGCAUGAUUUUCCUUGUCACAUGAUCUCAAGUUGUGUAUGACUGCAAAAGUAACUGAGGCAUAUAGUUACGGCCAUCUUUCUUGCAAGUGUAGGUGCAGACUCUUCUCAAACUUCUUCCUCACUACUGUAAAAGCUAUGACAUUUAGCUGCUUUAGAAAAGCCAUUUGUGGGGUAAGCGGUUCCAGUCACACUUGGUUGUAAACUCGUGUUUACAACAUUUUCUGGAACGUUACUUUUACCCGAUGCCUUCUUAUUUAACUCUUUGGACAGGGCUUUUGAAAGAAGCUAUGUGAUUUUUGUAUUCCGGGAGCCAUAGAAAGAAAUACAGAAAACAAUCACAGUGCCAUUAUCACAGGUGACUUUUUUACUUACUAACUUACACUGGUCAAAUAAACAAGUCUAGUGCAGAAAGUACUGUGGUAUUUAUGCUUGAUUUGAUGUGCUUCAGAAGAAUUACAAAUCUGAUCAGCUUGAUACUAUUCAGACAGCAAAGAAGAACAUGAAAACUGAUGUCAGUCUGAUUCUGUCAAAGCAAACGUUUUUGCCUACCCGUCAAUCAGUCACUUAUUUUGAAGGAUAGGAGAGAUAUCUUGUGUUCAGACAAGUAAACAAUAUUUUUAAAGGUUGUUCUUUUGGAAGAAUGUUGCAGCUGUCUGUUAACAGAUGGUAUGUUUGCAUUUAUUGGUAAAAGAGAUGGGUAAGCCUGUGAGCCCCUGGGGCACAGAAGUCAUCGAAAUGCAUGCUGUGGUGCAUGUUCCUCCCUCCAAAGGAAGUGAAGGAGACAUAGAAAUACAAAACGCGAGGAAACGAAGCCAAAGCUCCCGAGAAUUGUUAAGAGGGCAUGUCUCAGUGUCUGAAAAGUAAGUGAAAUAUAUAUACUUACUGGAGUAACACAUUUUACUUGCAAAAAAAGGAAAAAAAAAAAAAAAGAGAAAAAACUGCACAGAAAAAUGUUUUAACAAAUAAAAAGCUAACUUUCUUGUGAAUAUUACAAUAUAAACAAUCUUUGAACAGUUUGUUUAGUAAAGUCUUAUUUCCUGUGGACUGGCUUGUGUCUAAAUUGUAUGCAUGAAACCUUUCCUGUAGGCAAGGCACUCAUGACUGCUUUCCCAGGGGGAUUUCCCUGUGUCUGAUACUGGCUAUGAUCUGCAUAAAUCAUUAAAGGAUCAGUAAUAUUUUUCUUCUCAGUGUGCUACCUGUGUUCAUCAAACCUGUUAGAACAUCCUUCAAUCGUUAACCUCAUUUUACUUGGAAUGAGUAGAAUUUAAAACUUAAAGAAAAAGUGUGGUAAUGCAUGCUUCCUUAUGGGCAGCACAGCCAUGUAACCAUGCCUUGCUGUGGAAGUCAGGCUGUAAUGAAAGCUGUAGCAGUAGGACUGAUGACUUGAUAAACAAGUUUUUUUAGGAUAAAACUGUGGUUUAAUUGGUCUCUAUGAAUCCCUUGUUUUAUUAAGUGUGAAGAAAACAAAAGAUGGAGUAAGAAAGGUACACUGACACUGGGGUAAAAACUCAAACUGAACAUCAGCCCUACUUGCACAGUUGUUCUUAUGUGAAUGCAUUGCAUCCAGAGCAUCUGUUCUAAUCUUAAUGAGAUGUGCUCUGCUCCACAGAAGGAUGUGCUUCCCCCAGCCUUGGGUGGGCGCCUGUUAUUUCCAGAGAUGUAUCUAGAUGUCUCAGGCAGGUUUGUUACUAUAAGGCAUGUUAGAGGAAGGCACUGGAAUACAACUCCCUUCUUUCUUUAUCAUCUUUGAAAACAUUAUUUGUAAUAUGUAUGGACUGUAGAUAAGGGUUGUAAUUGAUAGAUCUUGAAAAGGAAUCUGUAUGAGCAGCCAACCAGGAUAGUUUCAUGGCUUCAGUGGAAGUAAUGCAGAGUUCCAGAUGAGGAAAGUACUUUUUCUGAGGGGCAUCAUCAUCAUGGGAUUUUUGGGAGUUUGUAAGUCUCUUUCCCCUCUCCACCUAUUCAGUCUCAUUCAAGAUUAUAGGUUCCUCCCUCCCUGCUCCCUAUUUGUUUUUGUUAUUCCAAGGGAGAUGAGACACUGUAAGAUGAAAAUAACUGAUUAAAAAAUUAAUUGAAA